UUUCACUAAAUCUAUUUGUUUCAUUGGUUUGAUUAUAUCUCAUUAUAGGAAUGUCAAAGUCUAGGUUUUGAGGAGACACACCAUUAUAUUUGAUUCUUGAUCGUUGAAUCUGAGAGCCAUGGCAUGGUUUAGAGCUAGUUUCAGCAUUACAAAACAAGCAAUCAAGAGAACUCUUCAUUCUCAAGUUAGAUCAUCAAAUUAUCUGACAAGGACAACAAGAGUCCUUCCAUCACAGACCAGAAUCUUUCACACCACAGUUUCCAAGUCAUCGUCGUCAACCGGAACCGAUACUCCCCCUCCGGUGCCUUGCUCCGUCCCACUUUCUCGACUCACUGACAGUUUCUUAGACGGCACAAGUAGUGUGUACUUAGAAGAGCUUCAAAGAGCCUGGGAAGAAGAUCCAAACAGUGUAGAUGAAUCAUGGGACAAUUUCUUUAGAAACUUUGUGGGACAAGCUCCAACUUCACUUGGAAUUUCUGGGCAAACAAUUCAAGAAAGCAUGCGUUUGUUAUUACUUGUAAGAGCAUAUCAAGUUGUUGGCCACAUGAAAGCCAAUAUAGACCCAUUAGGUUUAGACAAGCCAGAUCUUCCAAGUGAAUUGGACCCUUCCAUUUAUGGCUUCACUGAAUCAGACCUUGAUAGAGAAUUCUUCCUUGGUGUCUGGAAAAUGUCUGGAUUCAUGUCUGAGAAUCGUCCAGUUCAAACCCUAAGAGCCAUCUUGACAAGACUUGAACAAGCAUAUUGUGGAAGUAUAGGGUAUGAAUACAUGCAUAUAUCAGAUAGAGAGAAAUGUAACUGGAUUAGAGACAAGAUCGAGACUCCAUCAGCAACACAAUUCAGCCACGAGCGUCGAGAGGUUAUUCUGGAUAGACUUGCAUGGAGCACGCUUUUUGAGAACUUCCUGGCCACAAAGUGGACAUCAGCAAAGAGGUUUGGGCUUGAAGGAGGAGAAACCCUAAUCCCAGGAAUGAAGGAGAUGUUUGAACGAGCCGCCGAUCUCGGCGUCGAGAACAUCACGAUCGGAAUGGCACACAGAGCAAGAUUAAACGUUCUGGGUAACGUAGUUCGCAAGCCAAUUCGUCAGAUAUUUAGUGAAUUUAGUGGUGGACAACUAGAGGAUGAAGUAGAGUGUUACACAGGAACUGGUGAUGUGAAAUACCACUUAGGAACAUCUUAUGACCGUCCAACAAGAGGAGGAAAGAGGAUUCAUUUAUCAUUAGUCGCAAACCCUAGCCACUUAGAAGCAGUGAACCCAGUGGUUCUGGGAAAAACAAGAGCGAAACAGUACUUUUCAAAUGAUUUAGACAGAAGUAAGAACAUGGGGAUUCUGAUUCAUGGUGAUGGAAGUUUUGCAGGACAAGGUGUUGUGUACGAGACAUUUCAUCUUAGUGCACUUCCGAAUUACACAACAGGUGGGACUAUACAUGUUGUAUUUAACAAUCAGGUGGCGUUUACGACGGAUCCGAGCUAUGGAAGAUCUUCAAAGUAUUGCACUGAUGUGGCCAAAGCUUUAGAUGCUCCGAUCUUUCAUGUGAAUGGUGAUGACGUGGAAGCAGUUGUGCAUGUGUGUGAGCUUGCUGCUGAAUGGCGUCAGACUUUUCAUUCUGAUGUGGUUGUUGAUUUAGUGUGCUAUAGAAGAUUUGGCCACAAUGAAAUUGAUGAACCAUCUUUCACUCAGCCUAAAAUGUAUAAGGUGAUCCGAAGCCAUCCAUCAUCUCUUAAGAUAUAUGAGAAGAAGCUUUUAGAAUUAGGGGAGGUGACACAAGAAAACAUUGACAAGAUACACAAGAAGGUCACUUCAAUCCUAAAUGAAGAAUUUUUGGCCAGCAAGGAUCAUCUUUCUAAAAGAACAGAUUGGCUUUCAUCUCAUUGGUCUGGUUUCAAGUCUCCUGAGCAACUUUCACGUAUCAGAAAUACUGGUGUUAAUCCAGACAUAUUGAAAACUGUGGGAAAAGCAAUCACAGUGCUGCCAGAGAACUUUACGGCUCACAGAGCGGUGAAGAAGAUCUAUGAAACGCGAGCACAGAUGAUUGAAAGUGGUAAAGGUAUUGAUUGGGGAUUUGCAGAGGCUCUUGCUUUUGCAACAUUGUUGGUUGAAGGAAAUCACGUGAGACUCAGUGGUCAAGAUGUUGAGAGAGGAACAUUCAGUCAUCGACAUGCUGUGGUUCAUGAUCAGGAAACUGGCCGCAAAUAUUGCCCUCUUGGUCAUAUCAUGACCAACCAAAAUGAGGAAAUGUUUACUGUUAGCAACAGUUCAUUGUCAGAGUUUGGUGUGCUAGGAUUUGAAAUGGGAUACUCAAUGGAAAACCCUAAUUCACUUGUAAUAUGGGAGGCUCAAUUUGGGGACUUUGCCAAUGGAGCACAAGUCAUAUUUGAUAACUUCUUGAGUUCUGGUGAAGCCAAGUGGCUUCGUCAGACCGGCCUUGUGGUGCUUCUUCCUCAUGGUUAUGACGGUCAAGGUCCUGAGCAUUCCAGUGGAAAAUUAGAACGCUAUCUUCAGAUGGCAGAUGACAAUCCAUAUCUAAUACCAGAAAUGGAUGCCACAUUGAGAAAACAAAUUCAGAAGAGUAAUUGGCAGGUUGCCAACGUCACCACUCCUGCUAAUUUCUUCCACCUUCUUCGUCGCCAGAUACACAGAGAAUUCAGGAAGCCACUGAUAGUAAUGUCACCCAAGAACCUUCUUCGCCAUAAGGAUUGCAAAUCAAACUUAUCAGAGUUCGAUGAUGUUGAAGGACACCCAGGUUUUGAUAAACAAGGUACGAGAUUCAAGCGUCUCAUCAAAGAUAGCCAUGAUCAUUUCGACCACGAGCUUAGUAUUAGACGUCUCGUCCUCUGCUCUGGCAAGAUAUAUUAUGAACUUGAUGAAGAACGAAAGAAGGUAGAUGCAAGGGAUGUUGCAAUUUGUAGGGUGGAACAGCUUUGUCCUUUCCCUUUUAACCUCAUCCAGCGAGAGCUCAAAAGAUAUCCCAAUGCUGAGAUUGUUUGGUGUCAAGAAGAGCCAAUGAACAUGGGUGCUUACAACUACAUCCUACCUCGACUUGUAACUGCCAUGAAGGCCGAAAACAAGGGAGGGUACGAUGAUGUCAAAUACGUUGGUCGGAUGCCGUCGGCAGCCACAGCCACUGGGUUUUACAAGGUUCAUCUGAAGGAGCAAGCUGAGAUUGUUCACAAAGCUAUUCAGCCUAAACCCAUCAACUUCCCAUACUGAGAAGAUCUCAUAUAAAUAUAUCUUCAUGAAGCUAAGUAAGUUGAAUUAAUAUGUUAGCGUAGACUUUUGCUUAGGUUUUUCCUUUGGCAAAGAGUUACUUAAGAGUUAAGACAAGGAUGAUGAUGAUGAUUUUCCCCAGGUUUUGUCAUAUUUUCUUUUCGAAAUCGAAAAUAUUUUUUUUUUCAAUAAAUUACUUUGGCGAACAUUUUCAAUAAA